AUGGACACAACACGAGAUAAGUUGCACAGAUACCAGCACCAGGUUUUGGUGCAGCUGCACUCUCGUGCUGUCGCCAUCGCGGACGCCUUGACAGGGGCGGAAGGCCUCGGAAGCAAACGCCCGGCAACCCCAACCUUCACUGUUGCCAUCCUUUGCGGGAAAUCCGACAUCGCCGAGAUCUGCGCCGUUCUAGCUGUGAUUCUCGCUGGGGGAUGUUUCGUUCCCAUUGACGACAAGCUGCCUCUACCUCGUCUCUCCGAAGUUUUCAGAGACGCGCAGCCAGAUGCGAUAGUCACCACGCGGUCUUUUUUAGCCGGUGAAAGGACGGCUGGUGGUAGCGGUAUCCCCGCUGUCAUCGAGCAGCAAGGGUGCCAAAUUCUCCACCUCGAGGACAGUGGAAAUCCAAGCGAAUUCCGCGAGACGGUAGACACUUUUCGGGAGAGCCAAGCGCAGGACGAGGACGGAGAGAGCGAGGAGAGUAUCGGCAAGCAUUCAUGUGGACAAAGGGUUCCGAGAUCCUCAGCGUGUACAGCGUCUACCGCUGCUUGCCAUGCCAACGUCGUACCUGACGAUGAAGGGUCUGUUGCGGACGAAGGGCGUUCAAGCUUGGCAGGCCAAGCCUGUCCGGGCUCAUUGGAACGCGAUACGAGACCAACUGCAGCCAGUGAAAGCAAGGAGUUGGCUGACAGUGGCCUGUAUGACAGAAAGGAGCUCGACCCGUGCCCUGUGCCUCGCGAUGAAGAAGACUUGCUGUAUAUUUUGUACACUUCAGGGACCACUGGGCCUCAGAAGGGUGUUCGGGGCACUCGAUCUGGAGCCGUGAAUCGCAUCCUUUUCGGGUGGAGCUUGUGCCCUUUCCGUGGCGACGGAGAGCUGGUCUGCAGGCGGACGCCUUCUUGCUUCGUGGAUUUCGUGGCGGAGGUGUUUUGCCCACUCUUGGCUGGAAUUCCUUUGUUUCUUCCCACCCCCGGAGCGCACGCCGAUCCGCUGCUGCUGGCCCCCGCUUUGGCCGAAGCCAAGGCUACCCGGAUUACCUUGACGCCAUCGCUGCUUGCGUCGAUGCUUAGAACCACAACUUCUGAUACGGAGAAGUUGCUGCCGGACGUGCAUGGGGCACAGCUUAUCAAUCUUUACGGUAGCACUGAGGUGUCUGGCGACGCGACAUUUUGCACGCUGGAUGAUAUCAUUGAUACGGAGAGAGGCUGCGCUGGUUUCAGACCUUCGGGUGAUAUGGGCGUUUUGAUCGGCAAGCCGCUUCCAGGCGUUCACGUUUCCGUGGUGGGCACGGACUUGACUCCGGUCCCCAUUGGCCAAGCGGGGGAGCUUUUGGUCGGAGGCGUGGGUGUCGCGCUUGGCUACCACCGCGCCCCCCAGGAGGCAGCCACUAAGUUUUUGCACACCGUGGCGCUCAGCACUACGCGGGAGAGUGAAGCCGUGGUACACAUGCCUGGGUUGAAGCCUGGAAGCCGCGUGGUUCGCACUGGUGAUCGUGUGGUCCAGCCGGUGGCGGACGGACCGUUGUUUUGGCUGGGAAAAAUGGACGGCGAGGUAAAAGUGCGUGGUGUCCGCGUUUCGCUCGAGGAGGUGGAAGUAGUGGCAUGCAAGGCUUCGGGGCUGCCCGUAGGAGCCUUUGCCGUGGCGUACGAUCUUGGGAUGGACACUGACGGCAGCACGGGUGGUGAUUCCAAUGCAGUCACCAAGGCCGCAAUCGCUACAACAUCUCCCGAUCGUGGACGGCUUUGGGGUUUCUUUGAGCCAAACGGUGUAGAAGUAAACAACGAAGGGUUGGCGAAGAUGCGGCUCCAGCUAGCCGCGGUACUGACUACGCCACAACUACCAGCAGUUCUGGUACCUGUCGUCGGGAGGUUUCCCUUGACGACCAGUGGGAAGGUUGACAAACGGGCGCUUUUGAGAGAACAUCGGAAACAAGUAGAGGCGCUCGAAGGACGACCAGUCGCAAGCGCAGAAGGAGUAGAUGCAUAUCUGCCUUACCCCAAGGACCCCACAAGCCAAAGUAUGGUAACCCUUGCUGCUGCUAGAGGGGCUGUCGCGCGGGCGGUAGUCAGUGUCCUCCCCAACGCUCGGGCUUCUAUCGCGUCCUGGUUAAGGAACCUCGAGGAAUCCGCUCCGGGAAGCUCUGACUGCUCGAAUAUGACCUUCGGUGGGUUAGGGGGCACGUCUCUCCUCGCCGUUGAAGCCGCAUGGCGAACUCUCCGCAGCGCCGGAUGCACAAUGGCGGGGUCAACUAUUUCACCAGUCUCACCGUCUUCGAUGCUGACUGCCAAAGAUUUUCUCCGCGGCACGCUCGAAGACGCAGCAUCAACCCUUCACGGUAUUCUGGAGAAGGAAAGGCAUGCGGAAGAGCCGAAAACUUCUUCGGGGACGGCGAUGGACCGUGCCGUUGCAGGAUUGGCAGCUACCGGGGCUGGACAACGCAAACCUCCUGUGCCUCCUGCCGGUCCUGGUUUGCUUUCGCCGGCGGUAGCGGAUGCGUCUGCGGCGGGGUUCCAGAGUACGACUUCCACAGGCCGAAAGAGGCAGCGCCUUGAUUUUGAAAAGCGUGACCAGACGACGCACUCACGCUCAUUUCUGGGCCUUGGUCGAGCUGCAUCGGGUUUGCGUAAAACCGUCGCCUGCCUGGGCGAAGUAGGCGAUCGAGUCGGCGAUGGAAGCGGGCGAAAUGGGGCAAAAGCGGGCCUUGAGGUUCGUUGGUCUUCGUGCCUUACGAAAUGCAUCGACGCUACCCCGCUCGUGUUCCUCCCCAAAAGCGAGAAGGAAAUUGUCGGCCGAUCUAGGACAGGAGGUGUCGACAAUGCCGAAGGCAUGGUGGCCGAGGCACCCUCGCAGUUUGCCUCGCCCGAGAGCGUUGGUCCGUCAAGUUGUUGUCCAAGCGUUGCAAGCACCCAGCGUUUGGGAGGACGGGUGAGAGAAGGGGGAGAACCAACCACAUGCGGCAAUGCUCGAAUUUCCACGUCGCAUAUUUCGUCGGGGACCGUCUAUAUCGGGUCUCACUCGGGCGAGUUCCAGGCUCUGGAUCUUGAAACUGGUGAUCGUGAAUGGUCGUUCACUGCCGGGGGUCGCAUCGAGUCCGGGGCGGCCUGCUCCUACGACGGGUCGACUAUUUUCGUUGGAUGUCACGAUGGGCACCUGUAUGCAAUAGACCGUCGCAUGGGAGUUUUAUUGUGGUCGUUCGAGACUGGCGAUGCCAUCAAGUGCACCCCCAUUUGCAUACCCGAAGCGCUAUCGUCGGAUCUCACCGACCGGGGGGCGAGGAAGGAGGGGGGGCUGGUUGACCGGGGCACCGUGGUGUUCGGAUCGCACGAUGGAGUGCUGCGGAGUCUGUGGGAGGCUGAUGGUGUACUCCGAUGGACCUUCGAUUGCGGCGGAGCUCUCUUUGCCUCUCCAGCGCACGAUGCUGAGGCUCACGUUGUUUACGCUGCAACGACGAAAGGGCGAGUGGUUGCCCUCGACAACUCCGCGUUGGUGGUAUUCGUGGGCACCGAAGCAGGGAGUUCCGUCGAUCACAACCGCAAACUCACCGGUUCCUCUACAACACAACCCACUCUUCUCUGGGAUACGUACCUGCCGGCUCCCGUCUUUUCUUCCCCUGCGGUGUGUAGCGCAAGUGGGGCUGUUGUGCUUGGGUGCGUGGACGGGGGAAUGUACUGCGUUUCCUCUGUCGGAGAGCAGGUGUGGGUUUGUCGCCGAGGGGACAAGCCCGUGUUCUCUUCGCCUUGCAUACUUCCACCCCCUUGCAAGAAGAUGGGCGGGGAUGUGAACAACGCAAGUGAAAUUCGGGUCAUCUGGGGAUGCCACGAUGGGGCCGUGCGUUGUCGGAGCGGCGUUGACCUGGCUUGGGAAACAGAUGUUGGCCGAGGCCAGCCGGUGUUCUCUUCCCCAUGCUUUGCAGCAGUAGGCUGCGAAGGGUGCGCUCUCCUUUGCCCUCUCGUGUUUGCUUGCUCCGUACCAGGCUUGAUAUCUGCGCUUCGUCUAGCUGACGGAGAAGUGCUUGGCGAAAUACAGUUGCCAGGGGAAAUAUUUUCGUCUGCCGUCGUUGCCGGACCAUCUGUUGUCGUGGGGUGCCGAGACAAUCGCGUGUAUGUUAUAGAUAUCCUGGUGACGUGUUCACAAUGUGUCCAGGCCAAGGCGGUUGCGACCGUUUGCUGA